UGACGACAGACCGAGAAACUGAUGGAAGGGGAGAUGGAGUAGAAAGAUGGAGGAGGAGAGAGGGGGAAUAAAGAGGAGGGUGACAGAGACAUUGUGAGUUUUUUUCUUCCUCUUUCUUAUUUUUAAUUGGUCCUCCGGGAUCCGGGGCGAGUCCUCCGUUCGCAGCCGCGCCGCUUUAAUUGGCUGGAGAUUCCAGCAGAAUACUAUUGGAAAAAGCCUAGAGUUUAUACAGUUUAGACCCCGGUCCCUUCUGAUAAACCUACUCAUUACCGAGGCCAGAGUUGGACAAGCUUUACGCAGAGACUCUCCUGAAUCCAGUCGCGCAUCUGAGAUCUGUGCGCGCAUCUAUCUCCACACUGACGCGCAACCUCUCCAUCCGCCUCACUCUUGAGAGAGCCGUCGAUGAGCACACAUCAGAUAGAAGGACGUCACAGGACAAGAGUUUCAUCUAGGCACUUCCAGAGAUCGCAUCGCGUCGGACUGGAUUGGAUGUGUGGAUGCGUGCCGCUUCAAGAGUUGCACAUCAGUUGAAGUUGCCUGGAAGAAUGUGUUGGAAUUUUGUCUUCAUUUUCUGGACGGAGAGACAUCGGUGCGCUCCUGCUGAACACGCAACAAACUAAACACCUGGAACUCUGUUCUGCUGAGAGUCGUGCUUUUCUAAAGGAAUUAUUUCGAAAGGCAGCGAUCUACAGGCUGAACCCCAACAGAGCAAGGUAAUGAGGGAUCGCACUUGAAGAUGGAGCUUUUCUGGAUUUUAUUAUUUUCUGUAUUCCAUCGCUACGUGCAAACGCAAGGAGUUUACGCUCCUGCGAACGCUCAGAUUGUGCAUUCUGGGCAGACAUGUGUGGUGAAGGAGGACAACAUCAGUGAAAGGAUCUACACCAUCAGAGAGGGGGACACGUUAGUUCUGCAGUGUCUGGUCAAAGGACACCCACGGCCUCAGGUGCGGUGGACAAAGACAGCAGGCAGUGCUUCCGACAAGUUCCAGGAGACGUCCAUCUUCAAUGAGACUCUACGGAUCCCCAACAUCCAGAGAGUGCAGGGCGGCCGCUACUACUGCAAAGCUGAGAACGGGGUGGGGGUGGCUGCCAUCAAGUCCAUUCGCGUAGAUGUGCAGUAUCUGGAUAAACCUGUGCUCACGGUGCACCAGACAGUGGGUGAUGUACGAGGGAACUACUAUCAGGAGAAAACAGUGUUUUUGCGCUGUACGGUAAACUCCAACCCUCCCGCUCGCUUUAUCUGGAAACGAGGAAAUAAACCAAUUGAACAGAGCAAAGACAACGGCGUGGACAUCUACGAGCCUCUGUACACACAGGGUGAGACAAAGGUGCUGAAACUGAAAAACCUCCGUCCACAGGACUUUGCUAAUUACACCUGUCAGGUGUCCGUCCGGAACGUUUGUGAUAUUUUAGACAGCUCUGUCACCUUUCGCCUUACCAACACCACCACACCCCCUGCUCUAAAGCUGUCUGUGAAUGAGACGUACAUGGUUGACCCAGGCCAAGACGUCACGCUGUCAUGUGAGGUAACAGCAGGGUUCCCCACACCUACGGUCACCUGGUCGCGGUACCCUGGGUCCCUCCCUCAGCGCUCUGUGAUCCGAGGCGGGUCCCUCAAUCUCCGGUCCGUCACUCCCUCUGAUGCUGGCGUCUACAACUGCACAGCUGUCAACAAUGUGGGAAACCCUGCGAGGAGAACUGUCAACCUCAUUGUGAGAACCAUGAAGAACUUAACAUUCCAGAUCACGCCAGACUCCAACAAAGACGGUGAGAACAUACAGAUGGGUCGAGACCUUAAACUUUCCUGCCACGUUGACGCCCAGCCCCAGGACAAGGUGAACUACACCUGGUACAAGAACGGAGCGCUCAUCUACCCCACCGACAGCCUCAUUGUGCUGCGCAGUGACCCAGACAUGCCACCAGGCACCAGCAGCCUGGAAAUUGUGGACAUGAAGUUCAGAGAUCAGGCCACCUACAGCUGUGUAGCGAACUUCCCCGGGAGCAGCGUUCCUGAACUGCGAGUGGACGUGAACAUCACACAGAGCAGCGUCAUUCCUCCAGUUCUGAGUGUGCCAGUCGGAGGGGGUGUGGUCAAUGUCAGCGAGGGCGGUACAGCAGAGCUUGUGUGUUUGGUCGAUGGUAAGCCCCGCCCACCUGUUCUGUGGUCUCGGGCAAACAAGGACCUGCCAAUGCCAUCGGGGGAUUGGGUGGUGGAAACACGUGAUGGCCGCUUGCGUCUGACCAAUGUGACACGGGACAUGAUGGGUGCAUACCGUUGCCAAACAGCUCCUUACAAUGGCCUAAACAUCAAACGGCGACAGGGUCAGGUGCAGCUCAAUGUUGAGUACCCUCCUGUUGUGGAUCCAGUCCUGCUGGAUGUCCGUUCUCAAACACUUUCGACAGUCAAUCUCCGAUGCCUGGUUCUCAAGUCAAAUCCAAACCGGAUAGCCAGUGCCCGCUGGUACCGUAAUGGGAUCCCCAUCCGAACUCCACCGGUGGACCCUCAAAGUGUCCCUCAGCUCCGGUUCAAACUAGACACCACAAAUAAUGGCACUUACGAGUGCAGAGUGAGCAAUGGAGACGGUACAUCAACCUGCACCUUCACUGUGUCUGCUCAACCGUAUAAUGCAGAGUUUUACUACGACACUCCAAACCCCAUUCGCACCCUGAAGAACAAUUAUUCCUACAUCUUGCAGUGGACACAGAAAGAGCCCAGCGCUGUGGACAAAAUCAUUGGUUACUGGAUCAAUGUCCAACAGAACCGACAGACAAUUUUGUCCAAACAGAUCACUACUAAAGAGCCGGUGAAAGGUGUUCUCAUGUCCUACACGCUGACAGACUUGCGUAUUCCCCUGUCGUAUGAGGUGAGCCUCACUCCCAUAACCAGCUACGGCACUGGAAACACAGCCACGCGCACCAUACAGUACUCAGAGCCUUACACUUACCCAAGACCUUCAGAUCACGUGUGUGGGUUUGAGGACAUUAGGAUAUGUGGGUUCACUCAAGACCGCAGCGAUAUGUUUGACUGGACCAGACAGAACCAUCUCAACCAGAACCCCAAAAGGUCGGUUAAUACAGGGCCGGAUACAGACAGGAGUGGGACAAAAGAAGGUUACUACAUGUACGUUGAGACGUCGCGGCCACGCCAGGCUGGGGAUAGAGCGCGUCUCCUCUCUCCAUUGUAUAAUGUUCCGGCAGCCCGAGGACCAACGGGGACCACCAGAACCCCCUACUGUGUCUCCUUCUACUACCACAUGAAUGGAAAACAUAUCGGUACACUCAAUGUUCUCAUGAGGGUGAAGAGCAUCGCCACUGUGGAUUCUGCCUUCUGGUCUCUCUCCGGACACCAGGGGCCCAAAUGGAGGAAGGCAGAUGCUGAGAUCUAUCCGAGCGGACCCUUCCAGGUGGUGUUCGAAGGUAUCCGUGGAAACGGCUUUGAGGGAGACAUCGCUAUCGAUGACGUUUCUGUUUCCAAGGGCAAAUGCAAACAAAAGGAUAGCGUGGACAAAACAGCAGUUCUGUCUGGGACACACCAGAGUUUUCACCUUCUUCCUGUGAUCGUCCAGCUGCUGUACACCAUCUCUCUGACAUUCCUUCUCAGAUGAUACAGAUAGCCCUCAGCACACACACCACCAGUGUAGGACGGCCCCUACGGCAGCAAUAAGAUCUGCCCCAAAACAUGACCACCCUUCCUGCUACUGCGUCCUCCAUUUCCUCCUGUUUCUUAUUCCCUGUGUCCUGGCUGCAGACUUCCUAUUACCAUUCAAGUCUGCUGUUUCUUUAGUUUCUUGUCAUCUUUGUGGUCACUUGUUGAGCUUAUAUCUGCUAACUGGCACCUUUUAUGUUUUAUGUAAGUGUUUAUUUUAUACAUUUCUGUCCAUAUAUCUUGACAUCUUCAUCACUGGCACCCGUGUAUGUAUCUGACACCAAAGUGUCAAUUAUAACCAAAGAUGACGGAGGGCUUACAGGAUGAACAGACGGCUGAAAGAACAACAAGGACGUCCUUUCCCCAAAUCAACUACUCUUUCCACACAGUUCAAGUGCACAGAGAUGUGAUUUUCUUAAGACACUAAGAUUGCAAGGAAUAACUUGAGCCGGAACGGAUGAGUGAAACAGGUGGUCAUGAAGUUACUGAUGACCUGAAUGGACCUGUACAUGCACGUGUACAUUGGAAAAUAUAAAGCUGCAGAAAGGACAAACGGACUCCAACUGCAACUUCUAGGACUGUGACAAUGUGAAAAUAAAGAAGCACAAAUUUAUAUCUUUUUUUAUUUUGGUUCCUUUACUUAGUAUCCCAUGAGUCUGGGUUUGUUGUACACUUUUUGUCCUUUUUCUUUCUUUACCAGAAACAGUGUGCCACUGCUGCAUUGCCAUUCAGUUCGUUCGAUUCCAAAAAUGACACAAUGUGAACUUUGGACCAGAAGAGCAUCAGUUACCUCACCCUCAAUCUACAAGAACCAUAAAACACCUGGACAACUUAUGAGAACUAUCACUUUUAGCUUCAAUAAAACUGCCGGAAGAG